AUCGCAACAACAGUCGCACUCAUUCAUUGAACACGUUCAGUUGUUGAACGCUCAGUUACUCGGUUGAUACUCACCGAAUCGACUUUCGCGCGUGCAGUGCCUAUACUUACAUGUGUGUGUGUGUGUUAAAGUUCAUGCGACAAAUGCAUAAAAAAGUUCUUGUGCGAUAGUUAAUAUUUUAGUGGUGUUUAGGGAGAAAAAGUAAAAACGAAGCGAUUUGAAAAAAAUUGUUGAAUGGUCAAAAAUUGUGGAUUUUUGGCGGUGAUUUAUUGUGGUACAGUUCAAUAGUGCAACAAAAGCAUAUCCGCAUCGCCACAUCCACCGAUUUAGUGGCGGGAAAGUGCUUAAAAGCAGCUGCAGUGAAAAACAAUAACAAAACAAAGAUUUCCACGCCAACACACACCUGCACAUAUUUUAUACACAUAAACACACACCAUAAAUAAUACAAAGUAUAAAUAAUACCAAGCAACAAGCUAAACAGCUGCCUCUGCAAAAAUUCUAAUUGUUUAGCAUAAAGCAAUUAACGACUUGAUUGUCGAAAUAAGCACACACAUAAAGCACACACAAACAUGGAGACUGAAUCGCUUAAUCGGAAAAAUUCCUCACGGAAAAGUUCGGUAAUCAAUGGCAAUGGCGAUGCGCCAGCCAAGGUGACGACGGAAGGCGAGGGCGGCGACGGCGGCGGCGGUGGUGAGGUGACUUUAAAGGCGAAAAUGAGUUUGAUCAACGGCUGCACGGUGAUCGUCGGCUCGAUCAUUGGCUCCGGCAUCUUCGUGUCGCCCACUGGCGUGCUGCGCUACACCGGAAGCGUGAAUUUGUCGCUGAUCGUGUGGGUUAUUUCCGGCCUCUUUUCGAUGGUCGGUGCCUACUGCUAUGCCGAGUUGGGCACAAUGAUCACCAAGUCUGGUGCGGAUUAUGCCUACAUCAUGGAGACAUUCGGUCCCUUCAUGGCCUUCAUACGUCUGUGGAUCGAGUGUAUGAUUGUGCGCCCCUGCUCACAGGCGAUUGUGGCGCUCACCUUCAGCGUCUACGUGAUGAAGCCGUUCUUUCCGGAUUGCCAGCCACCAGAUGAUUCGGCGCGCAUGUUGGCCGUGUGUUGCAUAUUGGUGCUGACUUUCGUCAACUGCUGGGACGUUAAAUGGGCCACCGCUGUGCAGGACAUCUUCACAUAUGCCAAGCUAUUGGCGCUCUUCAUCAUCAUCGCCACCGGCGUGUAUCAACUGUACUUGGGCAAAUUGGAAUAUUUUACAUUCGAGAAUACGGACACAAAAGUGACAUCGCUAGCGCUGUCCUUCUACUCCGGAUUGUUUGCUUACAAUGGCUGGAAUUACUUGAAUUUCAUUAUUGAGGAACUGAAGGAUCCGGUAAAGAAUUUGCCACGCGCCAUCGCCAUAUCCUGUACGCUGGUCACAAUUGUCUAUGUGAUGGCCAACGUUGCCUUCUACACCAUAUUGUCGCCGGAGGAGGUUCUCGGUUCGGCCGCUGUGGCUGUGACCUAUGCGGAGCGCGCUUUCGGCAUAUUUGCGUGGACGGUACCAGUUUUCGUUGCGCUGUCCACCUUCGGCGCCGUUAAUGGUAUUUUGCUUACCUCAUCACGUCUUUUCUACGCUGGCGCCAAUGAAGGUCAAAUGCCGGAAAUCUUAACAAUGAUUCAGAUACAACGAUUCACGCCCACACCUGCUGUGCUGAUAAUGGCGCUGCUGUCGAUGUUGUACCUCACAGUCUCUGAUAUAUUCGCGCUCAUCAAUUAUGUGGGCUUUGCCACUUGGUUGAGCAUAGGCGUUUCUGUACUCUGUCUUCCCUGGUUGCGUUAUGCUCAACCCAAUUUGCCACGCCCCAUACGUGUACCGCUCGUUUUUCCCGUUAUUUAUCUACUCGCCACCAUCUUCGUCACCGUUGUGCCCAUGUACGCUAGCCCUGUGGAAACCGGUUAUGGCAUCCUGAUGAUCCUAAGCAGCAUACCUGUCUAUUUGGUGUUCAUCGCGUGGAAAAACAAACCGAUUUGGUUCCAGAAAACAAUGGGUGGAUUCACUCAGGGACUGCAAAAAAUGUUGAUGGUUGUACGACCAAAAGCUUCCGCUUCAAAGUAAGCCUCACACGUUUCCUACAGAAGACGCUAAUGGUAGUCGGCAAAAGUAAACCAGCUCAGGUGUAAAUGUCAUAACCAUGGAUUCAUAACGCUACAUACACACAUACAUACUACAUAUACAAUAUAUCUAUAUAUGUAUAUAUAAAUAAACCGUACAGCCAUGUACGAUUUCUCACAAGGCAUUUAAGAAUUAACAUGAUGUAGGCUCCCAUAUAGUAGUGCUUACCUAUAUGUAUGUAUAUUAUAAUUUUAAAAAGAAAUGAUGCAAAGCAAAAAACACCAGCGAAGGGCUUUUGUGAAUUGAAGCUCCAUUUUACAGUAAUCUUAAGUUUAAGUAAUUUAAGACGGCUAAAAAAUAUGAAGAAUUGUUGGACAAGGCAAAAUAAGCAUAUACUGUUAAACGAACUUUUGGAGGGGACCACUACCAAAACAGCAAAACCAGUGUAUUUUUAAGAAAACCAGAAAAAAAUAAUAAUAAAAAGUGAAAAAGUAAUAAUGAUAGUGUUCGCGUGCAUUUUUAGUAUUUUUUCAGUGAGUUCUUAGCGAAAGCUUUUAAGCUGGAAACUGUAUUAAAUAACCUAUAAUUUUUAAGCAAAAAUUUCAAUAUGCUGUGAAUACCCCUAAUACAAUGAAAUAGUCCAGUGCUGCAUACUGCAUGCUUAAUAAUUAUUUUAAGAACUGUUUUUUAGCGCAAAACCACUAAAAAUUAAGUAUUUUUAAAUAGAAAAAAUAAUAAAAAAUUGGAUGGAUUUGAGCAUAUAGAAUAUUGUAUUAAUGCUGCAAAUAUACCCGAAAUAAUUUAAAAAAAUAUCAGAAAAACUCUAAGCCCUCAAGUUUAAGACGUUCUUAUUACUCAUAUGUAAACUUAAAGCUUUUAAAGUUAAACUUUCGAGCUUUUGGAAGGGGAACAGUAAAAAUAAAUAAAUGGAGAUUUGAAACACAUA